UCUCUUUGUUUCUUGGGAGAGCAGAGUUCUGUUCUGUUGUAGACUCAGAGUUCUGUUCCCUUGCUGAUUGUCUGUCUCUGUGUUUGAUAGUGUUUGCAUGCUGGUUGAUUAACGUGGUCUGGUGUGGUGAUAAGCCCCUCUUGUGGUUCCAGAGAGACACAGGACAACCGGAUGCUCCCGACUGUAAAGGACAACAGUGGCAGCCACGGCUCUCCCAUCAGUGGCAAGCUGGAAGGCAUCUACUUCAGCUGCAACACAGAGUUCAACACAGGCAAGCCCCCCCAGGACUCCCCCUACGGACGCUACCGCUUCGAGAUCCAGGCCGAGGUCCUGUUCAACCCCAAGACCAACCUGUACUUCGGGGACUUCUACUGCAUGUACACAGCCUACCACUACGUGAUCCUGGUGCUGGCCCCAGAGGGCUCCCCAGGGGACCGAUUCUGUAAGGGCCGCCUCCCGGCGCUGGACAUCUUAGACAACUGCUUCCUGACAUGCACCCAGGAGGAGGAGGAGGGGGGGCUGGUGUUCCACCACGCCCAGGAUGUGAUUCUGGAGGUGAUUUACACCGAGCCCGUGGACCUGGCCCUAGGCAGCGUGGAGGAGAUCCAAGGACACCAGCUCAGUAGCAUGUCCACCAUCAAUGCUAAGAAGGACCCCAGUUGCAAGACCUGCAACAUCAGCGUGGGACGCUAACCAGCAAACUGUGGGGGAGGAAGGGGGCGUUACUACGAGGUCCCUGCAGUUCUACGGAUAAUAAUACUUCUCUAACCCUAUUGGCUGUGGUGAUUCUCUAAUCCUAUUGGCUGUGGUGAUUCUCUAACCCUAUUGGCUGUGGUGAUUCUCUAACCCUACUGGCUGUGGUGAUUCUCUAACCCUACUGGCUCUGAUGAUUCUCUAACCCUAUUGGCUGUGGUGAUUCUCUAACCCUGCUGGUUGUGGUGAUUCUCUAACCCUACUGGCAGUGAUGAUUCUCUAACCCUAUUGGCUGUGGUGAUUCUCUAACCCUAUUGGCUGUGGUGACUCUCUAACCCUACUGGCUGUGAUAAUUCUCCAACCCUACUGGCUGUGGUGACUCUCUAACCCUAUUGGCUGUGGUGAUUCUAACAGUCAUAUUAUACAUAUUAACAGUCUAACAGUCAUAUUAUACAGGUGCAAUGUAAUGAUAUGCCAAAGGUAACAACACCUUGACCAAGCUGCUAGAAACAAGCCGUGGUAACAGCUUCAACAAGGCAUAAUGGAUUAGUAUUACGUAACAUGGUCUUGUAAUGGAAUGUGAUUUCUGGAUGAUUCUACGGUAGUGAUUCAUUCCGAUCGUGGGUUAUAGGUAUUGCGGUUUUUAAAGACAAGUUCCUACGGAGCUGACAUAUUCAGCGUUUACAGUGAAUGGGAUCUCCACGAAUGAAGGAACAAUACCUAUAACCCGCAAUGGGAUUGAAUCCCAGCCUGAAGCAUGGCAGGUUGCAGCAUUACACUGAUGUCAGUCUGAUGUCUUCACAUCCUCAUUGUUGUCUGAUGGGUUCUGUGUUAUAUGUAUUGCAAUCAUUAACAGAAACCACAUUAUCCUGUGUUCAACAUAAUAAA